AUGGCUUUCUGGGGAAUUGAAGUGAAACCAGGCAAACCGUAUGUUAUUGAAUGUGACGAGGAGAAGGGAAGGCUUCACUUGUCCCAGGCGACAUUAGGUGCAGGGUCCUCCACUAAGAAGAGUAUUCUGCAGUGUAAGGUGGGAGAUAAGAAACCCAUUUACUUGUGUUCAUUGUUGCCGGAAAAGCUCGAGACUUGUGCGUUGAACCUUGAGUUUGAGGAAGGCGAGGAAGCCACCUUUUCAGUUAUUGGCUCUCACAGUGUACAUCUUUCUGGAUUUUUCUACGGAGGUGAUGAAGAUCAGGAUAACCUUGAAGAUGAUUAUGGGUCCGAUUCUUAUGAUGAGGGUGUUAUGGUGACUGAUUCUGAAGAUGGUGGUUCUAGCUUUGACUCCGAAGAUGAAGAUGAGUACGAUGACUUUGACAUGUAUCCUUCUUCGCCUGUUCCCAACAGUGGAGUUAAAAUUGAAGAAAUUGUAGAUGAUGAGAAACUUAGCAAUGAUGAGAAUGGCUUGUCCAAAAGUACAAAAAAGAAGAAAAAUGAGUCUAGGAUGUCCGGUGACAAUGAGAACUCCAACCGCUCGAUUGUUGCCAAGAAUGGUACUGAUCUUCCCAUCAUUGGAAGUGAGGAUGAAGAUGGUUUUCCCAUAUCUUCACACAAAACGAGAUCCGAUGCCUCCAAAGAUUGGAAAAACUUAGGGAAGACCAAUAUUGAGACGAACAGUGAGAAAACACAGAAAAAGAGUGAAAAAGGUGAUGCUGAUCUUGGUAGCAAGUUGAAAAGGAAAAGUGAUGUUGUUGAUCAAGAUGAGAAACCUGCAAGUGGAAAUGUUGAACCAGUCCAACCUGCAGUUAAGAAGAAAAAGAAGAACAAGAAUCAAAAGAUUGUUGAUAAAGAAAAAAAUAAUCAGGUAGCUGAGAUGCCAAAUCCCAAUGCUAUCGAAGAAGCUCCAGUAGCUGAAGUUGGAAAUGAAGUGAAGCCAGCUCCUAAAAAGAAGAAAGAAAAGAAGAACAAAAAGCAGAAAAAACAGCAAGAAAUAGUACAAACUCCUAAUGCAGAAAUAAAACCAAUGGACAAAACUGGUGCUGACUUGGAGAAACAAAAGAAAGAAGCUAAGUCAUUGCAAGUGAGAACUUUCUCAAAUGGUCUGGUGGUAGAAGAGAUAGCAAUGGGUAAUCCAGCGGGGAAAAGAGCUACUCAUGGGAAAAAGGUCAGUGUCCGUUACAUUGGCAAGCUGAAGAAGAAUGACAAGAUUUUUGAUUCGAAUGUUGGAAAAUCACCCUUUAAAUUUCGUUUAGGUAUUGGCCAAGUUAUAAAGGGAUGGGAUGUUGGUGUUAAUGGCAUGCGUGUAGGGGACAAACGAAGACUCACGAUUCCUCCAGCAAUGGGUUAUGGGCCUAAAGGAUCUCCUCCAGUUAUACCUCCAAACUCAUGGUUGGUCUUUGAUGUUGAGUUGGUGGACGUCAACUAA